AGCUCCUUUGGCAAUGCCACAGUCUCCCCUCUGAUGAGAUGAUGAGGACCUACACCCGCGGGGCGCCCACAGUCUUCUUCCUAAGUCUUCUGUGGCCCCUGCUUGUCCCGACGGUGGUGGCUGCGACGGAAGUGGACCCCAGCGGAGGAAUCCCCUUCAUGGGAGGCAACUAUGAUGGACAUCCCAUGCUGUACUUCAGCAGGGGGAACGUGGAGGAGCUGCAGUACGCAGCGGCGGGGACUCACCGGGACAUGGCGAGGAGGAUUCGUGUGGCUGGGGAAACAAUGCUGGAGCGCCGGGAGGAGUACCUGCCGCCCUGGAGCCCCGCAGAGUUCAGCGCCCGCUGGAACGAGGUGUACGGGAACAACCUGGGUGUGCUGUCCAUGUUCUGCCUGCUGUACCCUCACAGGGCCGGGGCCCUCGACCUGGCCAAGGAAUACAUGGAGAGGAUGGCGGCUCAGCCUAGUUGGCUGGUCAAAGAUGCCCCCUGGGAUGAAGUUCCUUUGGCGCACUCAUUGGUUGGGUUCGCCACCGCUUACGACUUCCUGUAUGAGUACUUGAACAAGGGCCAACAGGAGCGAUUUCUGCAGGUGAUCGGCAACGCGUCACGCCUGAUGUAUGAGAAGUCCUACGUCCGAGGCUGGGGCUUCCAGUACCUGCACAACCAUCAGCCCACCAACUGUGUGGCUCUGCUCACAGGAAGCCUGGUUUACAUGACACAAGGUUACCUUCAGGAGGCUUAUCUCUGGACCAAGCAGGUCUUGUCCAUCAUGGAGAAGUCCAUGGUCCUCCUGCAGGAUGUGACGGAUGGCUCCCUGUAUGAAGGCGUGGCUUAUGGGACUUACACCACCCGCUCUCUGUUCCAGUACAUGUUCCUGGUGCAGCGCCACUUUGCCAUUGGCCACUUCGACCACCCGUGGCUUCUCAAACACUUUGCCUUCCUCUACAGGACUAUCCUGCCCGGAUUUCAUCGGACAGUAGCCAUUGCAGAUUCCAACUACAACUGGUUCUACGGGCCGGAAAGCCAGCUGGUCUUCUUGGAUCGCUAUGUGUUGCGUAAUGGCAGUGGAAACUGGUUGGCAGAUGUGAUUCAUCAAAACAGGGUGAUGGAAGGGCCAGGGCAGGCUGGAAAGGGCCAGCGGUGGUGUACACUCCACACUGAGUUCAUCUGGUAUGACCCAAGCCUGACCUCCAAGCCCCCGCCAGAUUUUGGAACAUCCCAACUCCACUACUUUGAGGACUGGGGUGUGGUCACAUAUGGCAGUGCUUUACUUGCAGACACCAACAACACCUUUGUCUCCUUCAAGUCAGGGAAGCUGGGUGGACGCGCCAUCUUCGACAUUGUUCACAGGAACAAGUACAAAGAGUGGAUCAAAGGGUGGAGGAACUUUAAUGCUGGCCACGAGCACCCAGAUCAGAACACUUUCACCUUCACACCCAAUGGUUUCCCAUUUAUAACCGAGGCACUAUAUGGACCCAAGUACACUUUGUUGAAUAAUGCAGUGUUGUUUGGCUCGGCCGUCUCAGGGAGUUGCUUUAAGCCGUGGGCUGGACAGGUUACAGAGGCCUGUGACUCUAAGUGGUUGAAGUACAAAGUGGGGCUGGCAGCUGAUGCCCAGGGCAGAGUCGAAGCUGCUAUGGAGAGACAGGGAAUGGUCUUCAUCCGAGGUGAGGGACGUUCUGCGUAUAAUUCAGAGCUGAAGAUUAGGAACUUUCAGAGGAACCUACUCCUUCUUCACCCACAGCUCCUCCUACUCGUGGACCACAUCCACCUGGAUCCUGACAGCCCAACCAGGGCCAUGAGUGCCUUCUUUCACAACACCGAGCUGCCAUUCCAAGGCACAAAGGUAGAUGGUGUUCAUGGAGCAUUUGUGUCACAUGGUGAGGACAAGUAUAAGAUGUUCUGGAUGGAUGACACUGGCUACAGUAACAAAGGAGUGACAGGUUACUGGAAUUACCCUCGAGGGUACCCAUAUAAUGGUUCUAACUAUGUGAACAUCACAAUGCCGUUGAGGUACCCUUACACAAGGGUGGCCUACAUUUUUUUUGGACCGGGGGUGGACAUACAGAGCUUCAGCCUGCGUGGUGAUGACCAGAGAGUGGAUAUUUACCUGGCCACCAAGGAUCACACUUACACCAUCUACCUUCUUACCGGAGAGGUCACCAGCAAGCCUCUUUACUCCAUGGUGCUGCUGGACCACAAGAAAAUCGUAUUUGAGAAGGCAGCAGUUGCGGUGGACAGCUCGCCAGAGGAAGUAGAGGAGUACGUCAACGUGAUGGAGGACAACCUCCAGCACGUCAAGCCUGUCUUCCAGCAGAUGGAGAGACACAUCCUCGGACGGGUUCUCAAUACGAACAGCUUCCGAAAGACUGCAGAGCGCCUCCUGCAGUUCUCUGACAAAAAGAAGUCAGAAGAGGUCAUUGAGAAGAUGUUUGCUAUGUCCAAGAAGCAAGGCAAGGGUAAAGGGGGGAAGAAAGUCAACCUUGGGGAGAAGCUUUCUGAGAGUCUCCCUGACAUUUUUGCACAGAUUGAAGUGAAUGAAAAGAAAGAGAGACAGAAAACUUCAAAGCGUACAUACGAGGACAGUCCAGAAGAGGGGGACGCAGACUCCCGGGCCUUUAUGGAUUAUACAGACAGUCGCAAAAACAGAAAGGGUGGCUUUGUCAAGGGCCGCAAAUUCAAAGAGGUUAACAUGGUGGCCACAGCAGGGAGUGAGGGUUUCACCAGCACAGCCUCUUACAUAAGACUCUUCCUCCUUCUGAACACGGCCACCUUCUUUUUACUGCUGGCUGUGAUACUGACUCGCUUUCAGAGGGGUCGAAGUUUGCACACGCAGAGGUGUUUCUACACCAUACUUCUGAUCGACUGCUUCAUCUUACUGUACCUGUACUCCUCCUGCUCUCACACACAGUGCUAACACCAUGAGCGGGUUUGGAAUCCCGCGACCGAAUGACCUGUUGUUCAUGGUGAACUAAAUGCACCUCACACCUCAGUCUGAGCCAGAAUACUUGGGCUGCUAGUCGAUAAAGAAUCUGAGAUUUCAAGAAAAAAUAUUAUUUUGACAAAAUAAUGAAUGAAGUAUGAAUGAAGUUGUAAUUUUUCUAUAAAUGUUUACAUAGUUCAAGACUUCAGUUCUAAAUGUAUAAGAAAAAAUUUCAUGUCGAUGAAAGUCAUGAUGUCAUAAGAACAAAUAUACAAUAUUUUAUAAAUUAGUGGUAAUGUUUCAAGAUGCUACCAAUUAAUAUCUUAGUAGUAAGCAGUCUGGCAGUUUUUACAUGUCACAUGAGGGAUGCAAAGGAUUUGAAGUUAUGAGUUUCAUAUUUCAACAAAUGAUUAAAUCAUAGAGUUCAUUACAUACAUACAUUUACCAAUUUUUAUUUCUGUGGUAUUAUGGCUUUUUCCCCCCAAAUUAUGAUGUACUACUCAUUGUGAAUUGCAUUUUUUUAGAUAAUUGUAUUCUUGCAAUAGAAUGGCUUUUAUUAUCUGAAUCAGAUUUUCUUUUGUAAUCUCACAACAUAGUAAAUCAAAAGUAUAUCAUUAUCUAAACACGCGAUUAAUUACAUUCAUUUCACAUGUAGUCUCAUAAUGGUACGCUACACAAGUUAAAAGUGGAUUUAUGUCCUUAAUGCACUUGAACAAUGACAUCAAGUUAGAUAGAUAGAUAGAUAGAUUACUUUAUUCAUCCCCGGAGGGAAAUUAAGUCGUCAUAACAGCUCGUGUAUCAGAACACAACAAAACACAAUACAAUAGAACAAAACAAAACAUUGAGGUAGAAAGAACAAAAACAGAAACACAAGAUGAAUAGGCAGACAAGUCAAGAUCAUUGAAAUAAGCCUGAUGACCUUUUUGAAAGUAUGACUUCAUACUCAUAAGAAAUGUGUCGUGAAAUGUGUGUGUGUGUAAUCUGAAAUUACGACUGAGCUUCUUCGUAACAUACUCGUAAUGUUGUGAGUUUUAUUCUCAUGAUAUCAUGACUUUUCCUAUGUCAUAUCGAUUUUUUCUGCCAAAAUAUUGAGAUUUUUUUCUUGUAAUGUCAGAUUUCCUUUUCCCUAACAGUGGCCUUAAUACUUAUAAGAUCAGGAAAUACAACAACUGAUUCCAAAUAGGAAUUGAAGAAUUGCCAAGAUGAAACCAGAUCACCUCUGAUGUAAUUAAGCUUCUGUGGAGCUUUAGAACUGAGUCUGUGUGAAGUUUGUUCAUAGUUGUGUUCAGAGGUCCUGCCUUGUAUCAAAGAUCUCAAGGUUAGCCACUAUAGUGCAGUCGCCUCAGCUGUACAUGAGAUUUGUCCUGUCAACAUAGUUCAUAGAAAUACAUUGAAAUGUAUAUAAAUAUAUAUAUAUGUGAAAGCAAGAUAUAUUUUUAUGGUUUCUUUUUUACCAUUUGUAAAUAAA